UUUAUAUUUUUUUAUUAUUGGUCCAUAUUAACGUGAAAAAAUGUUUCAGUGUAAUAUAUGUCAUAAUAAUGACAUUACUUUUGCAAAAUUUAUCCAGCACCUUAAAAUUUUCCAUGCCCACAAUCAAACUUACAACUGUGGUCUUAGUUCAUGUGGCAGAACAUUUAGCAACAUAUAUUCCUUAAAGAAACACUUUCAAAAACAUCACAGAUACCAGAACAGUUACAACCUUUUUUUGGAUAAAACCUGCUCUAAUGAUAAUGCAGUAAUCGAGGCAGUAAUACAUCAAAAUAAAUCUCAGGAUGAGCCCUCUACAUCCGUAAAGGUUUUUCCCUCUACCAUUCCCUCUGCAUCAUCAGCAAAUAUCAAUAUAAACGUCUUCUUAAAAUUUAUUGCAAAACUAUACUGCAAAAAUUCAGUUGCGAGAUCAGUUGUACAGGAGGUUAUUGAAGAGGCUAGUGAAAUAUUUUCAAGUAUUGGGGAUCAAAUGAAUAUGUAUAUGUCAGAAAUAUUUUUAAAGUACAACGUUUCAGACGAAGAUGUUAAAAAAGGGAACUCUUUGAUAAAAUCUAUAAGUGCCCCAUUUCAAGGGUUAGAGACAGAAUAUUUACGACUUAAAUACUUUGAAACAUCACAACUAUUUUUUAAACCGACUUUACAUACUAUUUGUGAGUUACAAGGUCCUAGGCACUCUCGCGGACUGACGACACAUUCGAUUCAGCCAUGUACUUUGCAAUUAAUUCCGGUUGGUAAAGUCUUAAAAGGUUUUCUUGAAGUACCAGGUAUUUUUGAUCAAAUAGAAGAAUAUAUUUUUAAAAUGAAUAAUAGGGAUGGCGUAAUAAGCAGCAUUUUGCAAGGUAAUUUGUGGAAAAAUAUUUCUGAUAGGUUUGGUGACAGAUUUGUAAUUCCAUUGUACAUCUACUUUGAUGAAUUUGAAACCGGAAAUCCACUUGGAUCCAGAGCUGGCAUACAUAAAUUAGGUGGUGUUUAUUUUUCUAUAGCAGCUAUACCACCAGAAUUCUCAUCAAGACUAGAAAAUAUUUUUUUAGCACAAAUUUUUGAAACAAGGUACAUGAAAAUGUUUACAAACCAAGAAAUUUUUAAUCCUUUAAUCAAUGAACUGAAAAAGUUAGAAAGUGAUGGAAUCACAGUUAAUCUCAAAUCUGGAGAAAAACAAAUAUAUUUUUAUUUAGCAGCUGUUCUUGGAGAUAAUCUGGGUCUUAAUUCAAUACUAGGUUUUAACGAAGGUUUUAAUAGUAAACACUAUUGUAGAUGUUGUAGGCUGGAUAAAGAGACAUGCCAGAAAGCUGUUCGAGAGGAUUCAAAAUCAUUUAGAACUAUUAUAAACUAUGCUCAAGAUUUAUUAAAAUUUGAAUGUGGCGUUAAAAGUAGAUGCGUAUGGAAUGAUUUAAAGUACUUUGACAAUACUGUUAAUGUGUCUGUCGACAUUAUGCAUGAUAUUCAGGAAGGAAUCUGCAGAUAUAACAUGGGGUAUAUUCUAAAUCACUUAAUUAAUGUUAAACACUAUUUCUCAUUGUCUGUCCUAAACAGAAGAAUUGAAUAUUUCAAUCAUAAUUCAUCAGAUGUUGCUAACCCACCUCCAAGUAUUAAAGAAGAUCAUGUUAAAAAUUGCAUAAUUACAAUGUCAGCCUCGGAAAUGUUUUCCUUUGUUAUAUAUUUUGGUUUAAUAGUUGGAGAUUUGGUAGAUGAAGAUGAUGACGUUUGGGACUUUUACCUAACAUUUUACGACUUAGUCGUUACAUUAUAUAGUAGAAAUUUCAAUGACUCAUUGUUGUCCUAUUUGAAAGAGUUAAUUGCUCAGCAUCAUGAAAGUUUUAUUAAAUUGUUUCAUACAACCCUUAAACCCAAAUAUCACUUUGCAUUACAUUAUCCCAGUAUUAUAAAAAAUUUGGGUCCCCCUAGGUAUUUCUCCUCAAUUAGAUAUGAAGGCUUUCAUAGAAUAUCCAAAACUAACGCUCAUAUAGUGACAUCCAGAAUAAAUUUGGCAUAUACAGUGGCAAUAAAACAUCAACUUAAGUUAUGUUAUAGGUUGUAUACCGAAACUGGUCUUUGUAAUAAUUUUGAAAGUUCUGCUAAAUAUUCAAUAGAACAGUUAGGUUUAGAAUACAAGAACGUUCUUGCUACAAGUUCUAAUAAUACCACAUUAUAUUACUUGAAGUGGUGCAAAAGUAAUGGCAUUAUGUAUAAACCUGGGCAAAUUUUAUUUACUAAUUAUAGCACGGUAAAUAAUGAACCUGUAUUUGAAAAAAUUCAUAUUAUUUGUGUGAAUUCUAGAAAUGAUGUAGGUUUUAUUGUUUCUCCGAUUGAGACAAUCGGUUACUGUCGACACUUUCAAUCUUACAAGGUUUUUGAUAAUUUUCAGGAUAACCACUUAUCACUUAUAACGUCAAUAGAUAAUCUAAUGUGCCCCUUUCCCAAUAAUAUUCACAUGAUUGCAAUCGGAGAUUCGUACAUAUCUACAGUCAAUAUUAUUACGAACUUGUAACAUCUUUCUUUGUGGCAUUGUGUGUUAACCCAUACUAAAUAAGAAAGAUGCCAUCAUAAAAGGCAG